AUGAGUAUCAAUGAACGGGGCGAUUCUGAAAAGAGGCAGAUGAAAAUCGAGCCCGCCCUGCCCCGGCUGGGCUGGGAACAGUUCACAGGGCUCUGCCGAGUGGGCGAGCGAGGCGCGCGAGCAGGGCGCCCGUCCCCCCUCAGCCCCGGAAAAUGAUCAAGUCAAUCAUGUGGACAUGUUUCAUUAUUCAUUGAACACAAUCUUUUACAACGCUCCGUUUACGUGCCCGAGUUUGCUCCCGACGCCCGCGUUUCAAUGUUUAAGUUCCGGCCCACCACGGCUUUAAGAAUACCCUUCAGCCAGGAGGGAGCUCCGUUGCUUUAAGACUUGCCUGGGAACCGGGACGCCCCUCUGGCGAUCUGUCAGUGCCUGGAUCAGCUACAUCCUUUCUGGGGUAUUUUGUUACCAGACUGACAGUCCUUAAGACAAGUAUGCAGUUAAGCUGCUAAGGGAUGGAAGAAGCCAGUCUGUGCCUUGGAGUGUCCUCGGCGGCCCCGGAAGCUGAGCCCCACCUGAGCGGCCCUGUCCUCAACGGCCAGUAUGCCAUGAGUCAGAAGUUGCACCAGAUCACCUCCCAGCUCAGCCAUGCCUUCCCCGAGCUGCAUCCCCGGCCCAACCCGGAAGAGAAGACCCCCGCGCCCCUCGACGAGAAGGCGCACGUGCCCCUGAGCGGCCAGCCCAUGGGCAGUCAGAUGGCGCUCCUGGCCAACCAGCUGGGCCGGGACGUCGACACCAGCCUCAACGGGCGGGUGGACCUGCAGCAGUUCCUCAACGGGCAGAACCUGGGCAUCAUGUCCCAGAUGAGCGACAUCGAGGACGACGCCCGCAAAAACCGCAAGUACCCGUGCCCGCUGUGCGGCAAGCGUUUCCGCUUCAACAGCAUCCUCUCCCUGCACAUGCGCACUCACACCGGCGAGAAGCCCUUCAAGUGUCCCUACUGCGACCACCGGGCGGCGCAGAAGGGCAACCUCAAGAUCCACCUGAGGACCCACAAGCUGGGCAACCUGGGGAAGGGGCGCGGGCGGGUGCGCGAGGAGAACCGCCUGCUGCACGAGCUGGAGGAGCGGGCCAUCCUGCGGGACAAGCAGAUGAAGAGCAGCCUGCUGCAGCCGCGGCCGGACCUGAAGCCGCUGCCGCACGCGCAGCCCGCCCCGCUGGCCACCUGCAACCUGGCCCUGCCCGCCAACCACAGCGUGCCCGACGCGGCCAACCCGGUGCCCUCACCCAAGCCGGCCAGCGUGCAGGAGGACCCCGUGGUCCCGGCCGCCGGCUUCCGCUGCACCUUCUGCAAGGGCAAGUUCAAGAAGCGCGAGGAGCUGGACCGCCACAUCCGCAUCCUGCACAAGCCCUACAAGUGCACGCUGUGCGACUUCGCCGCCUCGCAGGAGGAGGAGCUCAUCAGCCACGUGGAGAAGGCCCACAUCACCGCCGAGUCGGCGCAGGGCCAGGGCCCCAACGGCGGCGGGGAGCAGGCGGCCAACGAGUUCCGCUGCGAGGUGUGCGGCCAGGUGUUCAGCCAGGCCUGGUUCCUCAAGGGCCACAUGCGGAAGCACAAAGACUCCUUCGAGCACUGCUGUCAGAUCUGCGGCCGCCGCUUCAAAGAGCCCUGGUUCCUCAAGAACCACAUGAAGGUCCACCUCAACAAGCUGUCUGUGAAGAGCAAGUCCCCCAGCGACCCGGAGGUGCCCGUGCCCAUGGGUGGCAUGUCCCAGGAGGCCCACGCCAACCUGUACUCCAGGUACCUGUCCUGCCUUCAGAGUGGCUUCAUGGCCCCGGACAAGGCCAGCCUGAGCGAGCCGGGCCAGCUCUAUGGCAAAGGGGAGCUGCCCAUGAAGGAGCGGGAGGUCCUGGGCAAGCUGCUGUCGCCCAUCUCUGGCAUGGCCCACGGGGUCCCCGAGGGCGACAAGCACUCCCUCCUGGGGUGCCUCAACCUUGUGCCACCACUCAAGUCCAGCUGCAUCGAGCGGCUGCAGGCGGCUGCCAAAGCGGCCGAGAUGGACCCGGUGAACAGCUACCAGGCUUGGCAGCUCAUGGCCAGGGGCAUGGCCAUGGAACAUGGUUUCUUGUCUAAAGAUCAUCAGCUACAACGCAACCACGAAGACACUUUGGCAAACGCCGGAGUGAUGUUCGAUAAGGAGAAGCGGGAGUACGUGUUAGUGGGAGCAGAUGGCUCCAAGCAGAAAAUGCCUGCUGAUUUGGUUCACAGCACUAAAGUGGGCAAUCAGAGAGACCUGCCAAAUAAGCUCGACCCUCUAGAAGGCAGUCGGGAUUUUUUGUCGCACGGGCUGAACCAGGCACUCGACUAUAACCUGCAGGGGCCCGGGAGCAUGAAGGAGAAGCCCACGGAGUGCCCCGACUGCGGCCGGGUGUUCCGCACCUACCAUCAGGUGGUCGUGCACUCCCGCGUCCACAAGCGGGACCGCAAGGGCGACGAGGACGGGCUGCACGUGGGUCUGGACGAGCGGCGCGGCUCAGGCAGUGACCAGGAGUCCCAGUCCGUGAGCCGCUCCACCACGCCGGGCUCCUCCAACGUCACCGAGGAGAGCGGGGCCGGCGGCGGGCUCUCCCAGACGGGGAGUGCCCAGGAGGACAGCCCGCACCCCUCCUCGCCGUCCUCUUCAGACAUCGGCGAGGAGGCUGGGAGAGCCGCCGGGGUCCAGCAGCCCGCGCUGCUUCGAGACAGGAGCCUGGGCUCGGCCAUGAAGGACUGCCCAUACUGUGGGAAGACCUUCCGGACAUCCCAUCACCUAAAGGUGCACCUGAGGAUACACACAGUGUGUGUCCACACCAUAACCAGCGGGAGGAAAGGAAGUGACUUGUACCCACAAGGUGUGUUGACGCAGCCUCCCGGCGAUGUAAAAGGUGAGAAACCUUACAAAUGUCCCCACUGUGACUAUGCGGGCACCCAGUCAGCGUCCCUAAAAUACCACUUAGAGCGGCACCACCGGGAGCGGCAGAACGGAGCCGGGCCCCUGUCUGGACAGCCCCCAAACCAAGACCACAGGGACGAGCUGUCCAACAAAGCCGCUUUGUUUAUCAGGCCAGACAUCCUGAGGGGGGCCUUCAAGGGUCUCCCUGGAAUCGACUUCAGAGGUGGCCCUGCUUCCCAGCAGUGGACAGCAGGAGUGCUCUCGUCCACAGAUCACUCGGGGCAGGCCGCCGGCAUGACUUCCGAGGCCCCUUCGGACACGCUGAAAGGCACCGACCUUCCUUCCAAAAGCGCCCACUUCUCCGAAAUCGGAAGAGCUUACCAGAGUAUUGUGAGCAACGGUGUGAAUUUCCAGGGGUCCUUGCAAGCUUUCAUGGACAGCUUUGUCCUAAGCUCCUUGAAAAAGGAAAAGGACAUGAAGGACAAAGGCCCGUCUGACCCUCCGUCCAUGAAGGUGCACGGGCCGGAUGGCGGGGAGGACAAAGCCGGCACGAAGGCGGUCCCCAGGAAGUCAGAGAAAUCCCAGUACGAGCCUCUGGACUUGUCGGUGCGGCCGGACGCCGCGUCGCUGCCGGGCUCGUCGGUGACCGUGCAAGACAGCAUCGCGUGGCACGGCUGCUUGUUCUGCGCGUUCACGACCUCAUCUAUGGAGCUCAUGGCCCUUCACCUGCAGGCCAACCACCUGGGCAAGGCAAAGCGCAAAGACAGCGCCGUCGGGGUGACAGUCAACUGCAAAGACCAGGCCCGGGAUGCGGGCAAGGUGGCCCUCCUGCCCUCGGCACAGUCGAACAAAGAGAUGGCACUCUCCGGCCUGAUCGGGCCUCUAGAGGCUGCUUCAGAGAAGGCGGCCCCGGGGCCGGGCAAGGAGACUCUGGGGGAGCCCAAGAGCAGCACGUGGCCUGGCCUGGUGGACCCUGCAUUUUGCAACUUCCCGUCAGACUUCUACAAGCAGUUUGGCGUCUACCCGGGCCUGGUGGGCUCGGGCACCUCCGGCUCCUGCCCGGCCCAGGAGCCCGACGGGAAGGCCCACACGGAGGACGACGCCCCGAUCCUGAUCCCCGAGACUGCCAGCAAGAACGCUACCGACGACCUCUCCGACAUUGCCUCCUCGGAGGACAUGGACUCCUCCAAGGGAGAGAACAACGACGAAGACGAUCUGGAAACGGAGCCGGAGAUGAUGAGCAAAUCCCAGUCCGCCCUCGGCAAGGACGGUGGCGGCGGCGGUGGCGACGGCGGCGACAGCCUGCUGCCCGCGGGCGCCCCUCAGCCGGUCCAGGGACUGGUCUCGCCGGUGCCCCCGGCGCCCGAGAAGCAGUGGCACGGCUCGGGCCUGCUUCCAGCCCAGGACCCCUCGGCGGGCCUGCCCAAGCCGGAGCGGGGCCCCCCGGGCCUGGAGAAGCCGAUGAACAUGCUGUCGGUCCUCAGGGCCUACAGUUCUGAUGGCUUAGCAGCCUUUAACGGACUUGCGAGUAGCACAGCAAAUUCUGGAUGUAUCAAGAGGCCAGACUUGUGUGGUAAGUGACACCCCCUGUUCUAGUCGGUCUAGCUGGACUUGCCCUUGUCUGUUCGUGCUCCUCGGUGGCUCUCUGCAGCUUGUUAAUCGUGUAAAGUCAAGAGAAGAAUGUAUACACAUAUGUGCGUUGAAUAACUAAUGACUAUUGGCAAAGGUACGCCAAUGCACACCACACCGACCUACAGUAUAUCUAGGAGAGAAUCAGGAAGGCUAAAAAUACUGCCCCAUAUGUUCCUUUAUUAGUCAUGGAUCGGGAAGGCUUAGUAACUUGAAUGAGCGAGGAAAUUCCCUCAAAGUCCCGAAUCCUGAGUGACAGAUGCUGGUGCACUGGAGGUGCCUUCACCUGUGAAAAAUCUGGCGGGGCAGGGUGGGGUCCGCUACACCAGCUCGCCAAGCUUCUCGAGGCGGGUCCCGUCGGCAUUACCGCUUGUGUCCGAAUUGACUUGCGUUUUGUAACACUUUAGAAGAAUACAGAGACGUGCGGUCGUUAUCUUUCUCCAUAGUAUUUAAGCAGUCCUAUUGCUAGUUUAAUAUGUGUCAGGCCUUCCUAUUAACCGGGAACGGAGGACAGUAACAUUCCAGUGAACGGCGACUGGGCACGCACAACUUCAGACGUGGAGAUGGAAAGCAAAACAUGCGGAGCCUGGUGCUGGGUUAUCGUGUGCUUUGGACUAGAGUAUUGUGGAAGUAAUGAGAAGAUUAUAUUAAGGCGUUCCUGGUAAUGAAGGCAUGUAAGUUCUAAUAAUUGUAGCUUUCUGAAUACGUGUCGAACUCUAUCUAUAAGUGUGCUGUAUGCUGAGUUACAAGUUAGGUCAUUUAUGAAUGGAAUGUAAAACAAUACUAAAAAUGCUUCAAUAACUUAUCUUGGUAUUGCUAAUAAAAAUAAAGCUGUGAAACAUUA